AUGGCUCAUCAAAGAGAGCCCAGAAUGCCAAAAUUGAAAAAGAAACAGAAACAAGGGCUUCAGGCGCGAGAAGCGUUGUUCAGUUUUGAGACAGAACUGGAAGAAGAGGUGUUGGAGAACCAGCAUGACGACUCAUCAAGCGACGAAGAAUCGUCAGAAACUGAUGUUUAUGCGCCCAUGGACGUCUUAAACCUUGCUAGGUUUGCUUCACCAGCUACCACCGAGACGAAAAUGUGGUUAUCUCUGACUGCCUAUAUUCAACUCAGCGAGUUGCUUGAGGCAGCAAAGAGAACCAGCGAUCAUCAUUUCGAUACAUGGUCAAGCCCAAAGACCCUAGAGAGGACGUCUGAGAUGACACAAGACGAAUGGGAGAAAGCAAUCGAGCACCAAUACCAAAUUUGGUACAACGACACCACCAACAAGCUCAGCGCUGAGAUCGAUGCGCAUUCCUUCUCCAUCCGGCAAUGGCAGAUAACUGAAGAGCAUGGAAACAUGCCAGAGUUAGAAACACUGCCUUUGAUAGUGCAGGCUGAGACAACUACCGCCAACCUCAGAAAGCUACUGGUCAUACUGCGGGACUUCAAGAACCAGAUGAAAGGAGAAUACAUUGACGCACAUCAGCAUGCUGAUGCCAUUGAUUUGGCGUAUAUCAACUCCAUGAUCCAGCGCUUGAUAAAGCCCUACCAGUCACCCCAGGUCCACAAAACAUGGUACAAAGGCCCCGACGGACGCGACCUCGACGCGCCCCAGAGGUUUGACAAAGAUGCCAGUAACUACUAUGGCGGCAGCAGCUUCACUGACAAUAUCCGCUUAUGGCUUCACGUCUGGUGCCCUAUCGCGUGGCAACGCACAGGUGUACACCCGUGGCCACAUGACACCGGGGCUGUCCAUCUAGUGCACUACAACACAGGCGACUACGCUUGCGACUAUCUCUUCGGCAAAACAGAGAGUACACGCGGCCACUUGAUGAACCCAUCCAACGGCUUCCCGCUUGGCUUCGAGUUCAGGGGUAUGCUCCACAGAGCUCAGAUCAUCAUCGUUCCUGCUCGCGUAGGUGAUACCGACCCCGAGACCGGCAAAACAGUACAAGACACGGACAAGGAGCCGUACAAGGUCCGAGUGCUGGACCCAAAGGUGAGAAAUGGGGUUGGCGACUGGAAAUAUCGAACUCGGCCUGUUGCCCCUGCACAGCUCGACGGAAGGAUUCUAGAAUUUGCAAACGACAACCGGCCAAAGAAGAUGUACCUAUGGUAUCGCGCCGUUUUGAACAUCGCGGUGCGACAUAGACUCCAAGCGCCCGGCUGGGAGGAAGACAUAGAAGCCCUAGGACAGAACUCAUGGUGCGCACCCGGUGAAUCGCUUCGGCGAUCCACCAUGCAUGCGAUUCUGAAGCACGUUGGCUUCAUCGAUGACCCCGAGCCUAUCUUCGCGCUAGGACCCACGUUGAAGGGCCCCUCUGAGGAAACUGCAAACGAUAGACUCAUUGCCAAUCGAGUGGCCAUGGUACUCGAUACAACGCAUACGAACUGGCUUAAAUCCCGUCGCAGUGCUUUCGCCAGCAUGCAUGCAGGGAAAGAGGUGGAGAUUGAUUGGGAAGACGAGGCGCAGGAGCAACACCAUAAAUUUGCGUCGCGCAAGUUGUGUUUAGAAGCGGGUUUUGUGUGA